UUGAGUCUUGUUAGUAUUUUCUUCAUUCGUCAUGGCUGCUGUUGCGCUCGUGCAGGGCUCGAGCAGGGGUCUGGGGCUAGAGUUUUGUCGAUAUCUGCUCUUAAACAAAUCUCCAGCAGCCGUGAUCGCAACAUGCAGAAACCCGGACGCCGCACACCAACUGUCCGCUCUGAGCGCGCAGCACGCGGACAGGCUGACCUUACUGAGACUGGAUGUCAACAAGGAAGAGGACAUCAAGACAGCAGCUGAGAGUGUCAAAUCUGCCUUCGGGAAAGUGGAUUUGAUUAUUAAUUCUUCAGCUAUGCUUCAUCCGUCCGGUAAAGGAGAAACAAGUUUACGAGAUGUGUCUGCUCAGGGUGUCAUUUCUACUUUGACCACUAAUACAGUGGGGCCACUGGUGAUGGCCAAGUAUUUUGCCCCACUUCUUCAGAGAGGAACAGGGGCGUUUGGCCAGCAGCCUCCAGAGAAAGACAAACAGCACAGUGGCGUCAUAGUGAACAUGACCGCUAGAGUGGGAUCUAUAGGAGACAAUGCUCUCGGAGGCUGGUACAGCUAUAGGAUGUCUAAAGCCGCCUUAAACAUGGCCACCAGAAACCUGUCCAUUGAGUUGGGUCGAGGACGCUCUAAAAUUGUUUGUGUGUCUCUGCAUCCUGGAACUGUGAAUACGGAUUUGUCUCGACCGUACCACCGAAAUGUACAAAAGGACAAGCUGUUUAGUACAGAGUACUCUGUCCAGUACCUUAUGAACAUAAUAGACAAUCUAAAUAUAGACAAAACAGGGAAAGCCUAUGCAUGGGACAGCAGUGAAAUACCUUGGUAAACAGUCUCAUCAAAAACAUCUGCAUUCUUUGAAUAUUAUGAAAGAUAAAGAAAGCAGCAAAGGAAAAAUCCUGCAGAAACUGGUCAUCAGGCAAUUUAAAUCUAUUAAAAGGAUACAUUGGUUUUUAUAAUGAAUGUUUGAUAAGAGACAUACACGAGCAUUCCAGGAAAACUUGCUGAAGUAAAUGUCUGUUUUAACUGUAAGAACGGUAAUCGGUCAGCUAAAACAAUAAUACAUAAAACAUGCUGGACAAGAAAAGUUUGUAACAAUUUUCAGUGUGAUGAUGUCCUAAGAAUUAAGUUGGGUUUUUGUUAAACUCUAAUUAAAUAUCUCCACAUUUUUAUUUCAAA